AAGGUCUUAUUUGAAGUUAAGCGAUUGCGGUUCUACAACUAGUCGUAAAGAUGAAACCUAUAAGGCACGACUAAUACUUAGUCUUAGUGUACGGGAGCGAGACCUGAUACUUCGCGUAGUAUAAUAGAAAGUGACAAGAAAAGCGAUCGCCUCGUAAAUAUCUUCAUCUGCAGUAAAGAAACAUAGAAAAAUUUCUCAUACACAAAAAAUGAUGAUGCUGAGCACGGGUGGUUCCUCGUCGUCCUCAUCAAGAGAUUACUUUCCAUGUCAAGACCGGAAAAGCAGUUGUACUCUGCGUAUGCUCGAUAGUAGUUGCAGUCUUCGGAGUGAGGACGAGGAGCAGUUGCUUCCAAGGUGGCAUCACUCGACGGCAGGUGCUGCUUUAGCAGCGAGUGGCGCGGGCCGCGAAGUUCACAACCUCCUUAUCGAUACAGCAGCCGCGUCUGGUUCAGGAGGUAAUAAUCGCAUUACGUCAAGGAGAAUUAGGGGCCCGAACGACUCGCCAAGCAACGCUUCUGACAAGUCAACGGAUUACAAAUAUAGUGCGAACCAGGUAUCAAGUUGUGGUUGUCAAAAAGGUGGUGACAAGUUUCUCAGCGGCCCAGAUAUCGAAGAUCCAGAACUUCUAGGCGGGUCCGAUAGUGAAGAUGAGGAAGCUGCAGUCGAUAGAUGGAUCACACUUCGACGAGAACGUCGAGACUGCCUCAAACGUUGCGGGUGCCACGUACUCAAUGUUUAUGACUCACGGAUACAACUCAUACAAGGCAACUACUACUAAUCAAUAAUAGACGAGACAGUCAGAAGAUCGAACACACCAGGCUACUGGGACUAAGUCACACCUUAGGGAAAUUCAUCAUGAUCAUGGGUGAUUGCCUAGUACUUCAUUCCCUUCCCCCGUUUCUUUCCCACAUUCAUUUUUACCUGUUGCUGCUCAUCGUCUUGCUGUGUAUCGCGAUUGGGAUGCUAGGGUUUGUAAACCGAGAUCAAACCCCUCUGCAGAAUGCACGAGCGUCUUCUGCCGCCCGAGAGGGUCUCGUUGCAGCAACUGCAUCAUAGCACCUGCAGAAAACUGUCUAGUGCCACCUACGCCUGGUCAAACAUACAAACAAGAAGGAGGGGAGUCGGAAAACUCCACUGCUGACUCAGGCAAUUUGAAGCAGUACGGCUGCUACUGCCACCACAUCAACAAGAAAAUUAGUCUCCGUGAACUACAGCUACAUGUUUGUGAUCCUGAUCGCGUAGUUUGUUUCUAAAAAUAGGUAAUUCUGGGUACACAGCCCAAGCGUUUCUAUCACUGCUAUAUUCUAGACUUGUACACGCAUUCGCCGAUCUUCACUGUUUGAUCAUCUCAGCAAGAUGAAGAAAUCUAACGACCUUGUUAAUCUUUUGUUGAUAGCGCUUAUGAUCGAAGAUUCAGAUUAGGGAGCUUUUUCAUCUAUCUUCAUUUACAAUGCAUCGAAAUUUAUAUGACUCCUGGUUUUGUGAGGAGUAUCGAGACAUCUAGAGGACAGGACCAGCAGCACGACCAGUAGUCCUCUUCAUUGAAUGAUGACCGCCAAGAUUGUCUCAAUAAUAAUCUACUUUUCAAUGCAAGUAGCCAGAUCAACAUUGAGAACACCUCCAAGCUGCGUAUGCGAUGUGGCACUCCCAUUCCACA